CACCUGACCAUCAAAAUCGCGCCUCCAGUCUUGCCGCUCGGCGUCCACCUAAUGACCUGAAUGAGCAAUCUGGCGGUAACUCGUACAGAUAUCAGAGACGCAGCUACACCGGUAGUCGACAUCCCAUCCGAACUCCAUCUGAGUAGCGAUUCAGCGGCGAUAACCACAAUUCCAGACGCGGUCGAUCUAAACCUCGGUAUUCUAGUAGGAUGGCGGACAGUCGAGGUGGCAGAAGAUACGAAGAUGGCGAGGUCACUAGAUAUGGCGCUGGCGAAUCGUAUCGACCCUUCACUGACCGCACUCCUCGCCGUGCUAGAAGCCCAGCGGGAGAGCGAGCGAGAAGUCCCCCUCCCAGAGAACGGGCCAGAAGUCCUCCACCGAGAGAGCGGGUUCGAAGUCCCCUUCCGAGGGAAAGAGCAAGAAGUCCUCCUCCUAGAGAGCGAGCUAGAACCCCAGUUCUCGACAGUGACCGAUAUGUUCCUGACCGCACCGUCCGACGACGCUCCCGAAGUGGCGACCGCUUUCGACGAGACCGAGAUGCAGAUCGAGGCGGCGACAGCUGGAGACGAGAACGAAGCAGAAGCCAACGAAGAGGAUCCCCGAGACGAACAUCUCCACGAAGAGUCUCCCCUCCUCGAUUCCCUGCAGCUUCUCGAGGGCCUUCACCUCCCCGAAGAACAUCUCCUCGAAGACCUUCGCCGCCACGCAGAGCAUCCCCCCCUCGGAGACAGUCCCCUCCUCGACGAAACAGCCCUGGCCCACAUGCCACACAACGAUACUCACCGAGACUGGAUCCCAGAGAUGAUAGAGACGGAAGAGACCGCAUGCGGUCUCCCAGAAGACGCUAUGAUUCAAGAGUUCGAUCUAGAUCGCCCUAUAAUAACAGAGAUCGCGCACGUGAUCCACGACAUGCAUGGAAUCGCGACCGACGAGGCUCUCCUCGACGAGCGUCCCCGCCCGCACAGCGAGCCAGCACCUUCCGACCUCGUUCGCCAAGCAUUGAUCGACGCGAUGACCGGUUCGGCGCCUCGUACAGACGACAGUCGCCAUUUCGCGAAUCUGCGAUUUCUUCUGCCCUUCCCUCUGGAGAGAAUUCUCGACGAUCCUCGCCGCAUCCUACAUCUGGUCGGCGGGAAGAUCGAUCUAUUCCUCAAUCACCUGUUCCGUCUCGACCUUUGUCACGGUCUUCACAUGGCAUGUCGGCAAGAGAGCCUUUGGAGCCACCAACUGCCCCCCGAUCCCCGCCUCGCGGUCCGGCAGCUCUCCGAGCACCACCUACUGGUCCUAGAGACAACAGGGACACCAGAGAAGCCCGUAACUUCUCUGGACCGCCUGCCACCGCGAUAGAACCGCCUGCCAGACCUGCUCCUGUUGUUCCUUCGACUUCGACUCCGAACCGACAGGACAUGGCCAACAAUGGACUCCCCCCAUCGGGUCCCCGAGGCUUUGUCGGUUUUUCUCGCCCAGGAUAUGGUCGUGGCACUCGUGUACAAGGAAGAGACUGGGGUAGUCCCAUUCAGAGUCGCAACAUGGCGCCUGUUCCAGGCCCUAGUUCGGCGACUACAGCUUCGAACAUCCCUACAGGUCCUCGUCUAACUCCGACGUCUUCAUCAGUACCUUCCACCCCUGUCGUGCAGUCGAAGCCCUUCAAUCCACCAAAGGGACCUGCUGCUGAACAAAACAGCAAGCGUCUCACAUUCGCCGAACGAGUUAUGGCCGAGCUACCCCAAAUCAUUCCUGGUGGCAAGCUGGACCCAGAGCUCGAGUCCAUCGAUAUGGGUGUCCUUCCAGAGCUCGUGCCCCAUACCAAGUCGUUGAAGGAUGAGGAGGAGAAGAUUCGCCAGGACCUAUGGGCAAUGCAAGACAAGACGCGCAAAAUGUUUAAUGAAUGGGAAAGGGGCGAGCGCGAGGCCAAAGUCGCCACGCUUCGCACCAGCCUAGCUGAGGCGGCCCUGGCUAAGAGUGCCGGACAAGGUGAGGGAGGCUCUGCUUUCUGAUAAUAGCUCCGAAUUCUUCGUUGAGUCCGAUUUUGGCCAAACGAGAACUUACCGAGGAAAGAAACAAAACAGUCUUCACCCGCCACACCCGGAAACAAAUGGAAAGAGGACUGCAUAUACUGUUGGCAUUGUGUACGAUGGAGUAUAAGUGGCGGAUCUUGGCGAGUGCAUACAAGAUGGUCUGCCAUCGGAGUAUGCCAUCCAUUUGUGAGACUCGCGUGGAGUGUUCACAAUGCAAGAAGAGUUCGCAUAUUGAGGUUUGCGAGUCUCGCGCUGAUACUGCCUAGUAGUGCGAGCGUGUUUCGCACAUUAUUUGCCGAUCAAGGCCUCUUGAGGUUGACGAUGCCCCUCGUCCUUCGGAUUCGAUCUGGAAAAGUCGUCUUUGACGAAACUGUAACUGUGCUUGUAGGAAUAGAUACCAUACCUUGCUCGAGAGCACAUGAUACCAACAGACAAGUGCGAAUGCUUUUACAGAUCAAUUAUCUGC